ACAGGUGUGCAACAUUUCGGCAAAAUGGCGGUAAACAGGAAAUAUACACACAACUACUAAAGAGAAAGUAGCAAGCAUGUGGGAGGUAUGCGUGUAUGUUUACAAGGACAUCGGGUCUUGGCACCGUACCUAGCUUCCCGGAACUACUGAAGAACAUGAAGUUACACCUGUAGCGACUAAGCUACACCUGUACCGACAACAAUGACUGAUCGGCUGACAGGUUUGGUGAAUACUGUACGUAAGCGAAAACUCCUUUUGCUGGUCAUAUGUGUGGUUUACGUUUCAAUAACUGCUGUGGUAUAUUACGUCAUCUCUGACCCCAGUUAUGAUGUCUCACCAAAAGAUGUACGACGUUUGAACAUUCUCUUAAAAUCAGCUAUUUACGACGGCUGGAUUAGAACCAGUCCCCUUGAUCUAAAUACAUCCAUAUCCGGGACGUCUGUGGACCUGACCGGGACUGAUGGCAACCAAGACAAGUACACAUGUGACGUCAGGACUGGUCAAGAGGAUUUGCUGUGUGAUGUUGAGACGCCUAACUUUCUGUCCGAAUACAGAAACCCGUGCUGGAGGGUGUCCGGUCGUCCGCUGCAGUGUCUGCCGUACUUUCAGUUAAUAGGAGUCGACAAAUCCGGUACCACUGACCUAUUUUACAGACUUAUCCGUCACCCUCACGUCAUUGGUAACCAGGGUUACAUUGGCAAGGAAACAUUCUGGUGGGCAUGGAAACGUUACGGUUUGGACCUCCGUAAGACAGUACCACGUAGGGAUUUUGACUAUUAUAUCAACUUCUUCAGAGAAGCGGCAGCCACCAUAGAGGAGACAACAGACGCUUCCGGGUAUCAUGACGUCAUAACCGGUGAUGGAUCGCCUGUGGAUUUCUGGGAUUUCCGUGGUUGGACAGAUAUUCCACAAAAUAAUGGUCUAAAGGAGCCCCGAAUCCUAACCCCACAUCUUAUCGGCCACAUCAACCCGGACACAAGGUUCAUCUUAAUCAUCCGGGACCCCAUCGAGAGACUUUACUCAGAUUAUCAUUUCCUGCCAAUAAAAAGAGUUUGUACUCCCGAAUCCUUCCACAGUGCAGUAGCAAGGUCGUUCGGCGUCCUGUCGUCCUGUCUCCAUGGCAACACGCUACGACACUGCCUGUUUGACAAGGACUUACAUCAAAAAUUUAAUGAAAAUGCACGAAUACAUCUAGGAUUUUACGUUGUGUAUCUGGUAGAAUGGCUCAAGGUUUUCCCAAGGAAGCAGUUUCUGAUUAUACGGUUUGAAGACUACAUCACUGAUAUCCCAAAGUACAUCAACCGAGUAUACAGAUUUCUCGACCUAGCUCCCGUGUCCCUACAACAGACGGCGGUCCUUGGUAUUCUCAGUCCGGUCCGUGAGAACGUCACCAAGCGGAAGGUCAAGGCCAAACCUAUGCUGAACAAGACCAGAGACAUUCUUAGGGACAUAUACCAACCGUUCAACGUGGAGUUGUCGAACCUUUUGAAAAACGAAGACUUCUUAUGGUCGUGAAAACAAAGAUGGCGUGUUAUUCCAGUAUUACCCAUUACUACCUAUUAGUCGGGCUCUCUGAACAGACAGUUCUAUGUCCAUAUCGCCGAGGAACUUCUGCAUUGUUUUACUGAGUCAAUAUCCUAAAGAUGAUCGGCCAUGAUCAAUAUCAAUAUGAUCAAUAUCGCCGAGGAACUUCUGCAGAGUUUAACUGAGUCAAUAUCCUAAAGAAGAUCGGUCAUGAUCAAUAGUCUGUGGAUGUUUUCGCAGAAAUGCUGUAUGAUCAACACACCAAAGACGUGGACGAUCUGCAGUGACGUUCUAGAGAUAUACUAUAAUGCUCUAUGUUUAUAUCCCAUAGAUGUUGUCUGAUCAAUUUCCCAUAGACCUAUGAUUUGCUGGGAUGUUCUUCUAUCAAUAAUCCAUAAAUGUAUUGGAGAGACUGUCUCUUGUUAAUAUCAUUUGUGAUUUGGUGAUCUGCUUUAUGGCCAUUAGCCCAGAGAUGUUCGACAGAUGCUCUUUGAUCAAUAUUUAUAGUUUAAUCAGACGGUCUAUACACUGUCCGAAUGAAAACUAUCUGAACAUUCUGCUGCCAAUAUUUCUUGGGCAUUUAGUAAAAGUUUUCUGUAAUCGACGCUCCGUAUGGAUCCUGGAGAGGCAUUUCCAUUAAAGGAAUUUCCAGACAGUUUUUGGACGCUUUUCCGACUGAACACACUCCGAACACUCAAAAUAGAUAUAUAACGGACGUUCAGAAGAAGAAUUCUAGAGAGAUACUGUUUGGUUAAUUUGCAAAGCUAUUAAGUCACUGAUGCUGAUCUUGAGAGGAAAAAACCCAUUUGAAUAUUCUACAGCCAAUAUUUGAUUGACGUUCAUAUAGUUAUUUUGUUGCCUAGGUGAAGUAGUAUGUUCUUUAUAGUGGAGACUAAUAAUGUAUCUAUAUCAAGUUAUCACAUUUGAGACUAUAUACUCCGUGUAUGUUCUUCGUGUCAAAUGCAAGAAAAUGAAUAUAAGCCAGAAGUUCUUUUUUUUUUGUCUGUGAAACCCAACUAUAAGAACUUUCUAGUUUCGUAUUUUUUUCGUUACAAUGUGUACGGUAUUUAAUAUGUGUAAAAGUCCGCAUUUGUCCGAAAACACUGCUUUUGGCGAUCGGUCUUUAAAUAUCUAUCGCUUGAUAUCUUGGAAUUCACAUUCAAAAACGGGAAUGGACCUUCUGUAGCACCGGGGAACAAUUGUUUUUUUUUUCUUCAUUUAGCUGCAGUUGUCAUGUCGCAUUGAUUUCAAUAUGGUCCUUGUGUGUACACUAUGUCAUACUUAACAGGUCGCUUAUCCUAAUUUUCACAAACGAUUCUCGGUAGGAACUGCCAGUCCAUUGCCACUCACGGUCAUUUUUCAGCGAUCCACUCCAUUGAAUGCCCAUGAAUCGGGUCCACAAAGUUUUUGGAUGAAAGAAUGGCGACAGACUAUUUUCUUGUCAUUACUUGAGAAAGGUCGACAGAAUUGUGUAAAUUAUAAUAUAUUAUAAACGAUUACCUGGGAGGUAGCGCUUAUUUUUUAACAUUGAACGGAGAGUGGUAGCCAAAACAAUCUGGGGUUAUUCGGGCGGCAUUCUUUCCCAUAUUUCCGAUUUUAUCUUAUUUGGGAGAACCAUGUUGUCCUUGUAUAAUGCUUUAAAACAAACGACGACACAAAUUUGUGAUUCAUAUCACAGUUUAUUGUACAUUAAAAAUCAACAAGCACAGUUUAAUGACACAUUUGAGAUAGCUUGAAAAAAUAUAUUUAAAUGUUAAACACUGUGAACAACUCUGAAAGAGUGAAACAAAGGCAUCACACACACAAAAAAAUGUUUCCCUUUAGAUUUAUUUUGUUAAAUAUAUACGUAGUAUAUACCGUGUUGAUGACUUGACUAAAUAUCUCAGAUGUCAAUUUAACACUGUUAUUUCAUAUUUAAAAACCGAGUCUUGUCAACCUGUAAUUAUAUCAUUUAUUCUGCUUAGGUUAUAGAUCUUUGGGACUCGUUACAAUAGAAAGUAACUGCACUUUGGAUAUAUCCAAGAACAUGUUUACGGCACUUAAUUCCUUGCUAUCAUAAUCGAUGGUCAAAGAGGGAGAGACUUUGUUGAAAAAAAUCGAAUUCGUGGUCGAUCAUCUCUUGACAGUCACAUAGUAGCACAAACUUCACUUAUCACACAGAUAGGUCUGUCGGUCGACUGUGAGUAUCAACAGAAAUAUAAAGCUAAAAUAAUAAAGCUCCGGUGAUGAAUUCAGGUUUAGAAAAGCCUGAUGCUUAGUGUAAAAAACAAAAUGACACCAAUGAAAGCGAUUGAAAAAAAGUCUCUAACCUUGCUAGCCCCUUACCUAGCUACAAAAUGCUAUUUCAAACGAAUAACAACAAGUAUGGAGUGAACAUAAAAGCAGUUCAUAAUGACCUAGAUUAGAUUCAGACAAAGACAGUCAAAAAUACGGAGAAAAGUGAAGAUUUGAAAAGAGAUUUUUUGAUGUGAUUUUUUUGUUAUUACGAAAAUGUGUUUGAUUCAACAUCCACAAA